UCAACAUCAAGCCCCACCACAACCUCAACUCCCAGCACAACAUCAAGCCCCACCACAACCUCAACUCCCACCACAACCUCAAGUCCCACCACCACGUCAGGCGCCACCACAACCUCAAGUCCCACCACCACAACCUCAAGUCCCACCACCACAACCUCAAGUCCCACCACCACAACUUCAAGUCCCACCACCACAACCUCAAGUCCCACCACCACAACCUCAAGUCCCACCACCACAACCUCAAGUCCCACCACCACAACCUCAAGUCCCAUCACCACAACUUCAAGUCCCACCACAACAACCUCAAGUCCCACCACCUCAACAUCAAGCCCCACCAGAACCUCAACUCCCACCACAACCUCAAGUCCCACCACCACAACCUCAAGUCUCACCACCACAACAUCAAGCCCCACCACCACAACAUCAAGCCCAACCACCACAACCUCAAGUCCCACCACCUCAUCAGGCCCCACCACAACAUUAAGUCCCACCACCUCAACAUCAAGCCCCACCACAACCUCAACUCUCAGCACAACAUCAAGCCCCACCACAACCUCAACUCCCACCACAACCUCAAGUCCCACCACCACGUCAGGACCCACCACAACAUCAGUUCCCAUCACAACGUCUAGUCCCACAACCACGUCUGACGCGACCACAACCUCAAGUCUCACCACCACAACAUCAAGCCCCACCACCACAACAUCAAGCCCCACCACCACAACAUCAAGCCCAACCACCACAACCUCAAGUCCCACCACUACAACCUCAAUUCCCACCACAACAACCUCAAGUCCCACAACAACCACAAGUCCCACAACGACCUCUAGCCCCUCCACUACAACCUCAAGUCCCACUACCUCUUCAGGCCCCACCACAACAUUAAGAACCACCACCUCAACAUCAAGCCCCUCCACAACCUCAACUCCCACCACAACCUCAAGUCCCACCACCACGUCAGUACCCACCACAACUUCAGUACCCACCACAACUUCAGUUCCAAUUACAACGUCUGGCCCCACCACCACAACAUCAAAAACCCAUGCUCCACCCUCUUGUUCAAAUUCCAAUUCGAAGUCAAAGGAUCCAAAAUGUACGAGCCCCACCACAACCUCAAGACCCUCCACGACAACAUCAAGUCCCACCACCACAACCUCAAGUCCCACCACCUCAUCAGGCCCCACCACAACAUUAAGUCCCACCACCUCAACAUCAAGCCCCACCACAACCUCAACUCCCAGCACAACAUCAAGCCCCACCACAACCUCAACUCCCACCACAACCUCAAGUCCCACCACCAUGUCAGGACUCACCACAACAUCAGUUCCCAUCACAACGUCUGGCCCCACAACCACGUCGGACGCCACCACAACCUCAAGUCUCACCACCACAACAUCAAGCCCCACCACCACAACAUCAAGCCCCACCACCACAACAUCAAGCCCAACCACCACAACCUCAAGUCCCACCACCACAACCUCAAUUCCCACCACCACAACCUCAAUUCCCACCACAAAAACCUCAAGUCCCACAACAACCACAAGUCCCACAAUGACCUCAAGCCCCUCCACUACAACCUCAAGACCCACCACCACGUCAGGACCCACUACAACAUCAGUUCCCAUCACAACAUGUGGCCCCACAACCACGUCGGACGCCACCACAACCUCAAGUCUCACCACCACAAACUCAAGUCCCACCACCUCAUCAGCCCCCACCACAACAUUUGGUCCCAACACCUCAACAUUAAGCCCCACCACCAGAACAUCAAGCGCCACCACCUCAACAUCAAGCCCCACCACCAAAACCUCAAGUCCCAUCACAACCUCAAGCCCCACCACCAAAACCUCAAGUCCCAUCACCACGUCAGCACCCCCCUCAACAGCAAGCCCCACGACAACCUCAAGUCCCUACACAACAUCAAGCCCCACCACCACAACAUCCAGCCCCACCACCACGUCAAGCGCCACCACAACCUCAAGUCCCACUACCACAACCUCAAGUCCAACCAGCAUGUCAUUCCAGACCUCAACAUUAAGUCCCACCACCUCAACAUCAAGUCAACCCACCACAACAUCAAGCUCCACCACCACUUCAAGCCACACCACAUUAAUAAACCCCACGACAACUUUAAGAUCCACCACAUUAAUAAACCCCACCACAACAUCAAGCCCAACAACUACGUCAGCACCCCCCUCAACAGCAAGCCCCACAACAACCUCAAGUCCCAACACAACCUCAAGUCCCUCCAACACAACAACAAGCCCCACCACCACAACAUCAAGCACUACCACCAAAACCUCAAGUCCCGCCACCACGUCAGAACCCGCCACCACGUCAGGACCCACAACCACGUCUGGCCCCACAACCGCGUCUGACGCCACCACAACCUCAAGUCCCACCCACACAACCUCAAGUCCAACCACCAUGUCAGGCCCCAUCAUAACAUUAAGUUCCACCACCUCAUCAUCAAGCCCCACCAUAACCUCAAGCUCCACCACCACGUCAAGCUCAACCACAACGAUACGCCCUACUACCACGUCAAGCCCCACCAGAACAACAAGCCCAACCACAACGAUACGCCCCACCACCAAGUCAAGCCCCACCACCAAAUCAAGUCCCAUAACCACCACCACAAUUUCAGUAACCCAUGCUCCACGUUCUUGCUCAAACUCCAAGGAUCCAAAGUGUAGGAGCCCCACCUCAAGCCCAACCGCCACCUCAAGUCCCAUCACCACCACCACAAGUCCCACUAUAAUUUCAAGUCACUCAACCUCAAGCUCGGAGGUGGCUUCUUUUGAAGAAUCAAAAGAAAAAAGCACUCAGAGUUCAACCCAUGCUCCACAUUCUUGCUCAAACCCCAAGGAUCCAAAGUGUAGGAGGCCCAUGACCAGCUCAAGCCCCAGCACAACCUCAAGCCCUACCAAAAUCUCAAGAUCUGCCACCACAUCAAUCCCAACCACAAUCUCAAGUCCCACAAGCACGUCAGGCCCCACCACUUCGUCAAGCCCCACCACCACUUCAAGCCCCACCACCACAUCAAGCCCCACCACAACCUCAAUCCCCACCACAACCUCAAGCCCCACCACCACAUCAAGCCCCACCACCACAUCAAGCACCACCACCACAUCAAGCCCCACCACCAAAUCAAGCCCCACCACAACUUCAAGCCCCACCACAACUUCAAGCCCCACCACAACUUCAAGCCCCACCACAUCCUCAAGUCCCACCACCACAUCAAGCCCCACCACCACAUCAAGCCCCACCACCACAUCAAGCCCCACCACCAAAUCAAGCCCCACCACCAAAUCAAGCCCCACCACCAAAUCAAGCCCCACCACAACUUCAAGCCCCACCACAACUUCAAGCCCCACCACAACUUCAAGCCCCACCACAACUUCAAGCCCCACCACAACUUCAAGCCCCACCACAUCCUCAAGUCCCACCACCACAUCAAGCCCCACCACAACUUCAAGCCCCACCACAACUUCAAGCCCCACCACAUCCUCAAGUCCCACCACCACAUCAAGCCCCACCAAAACCUCAAGCCACCCCAAAACCUCAAGCCCCACCACCACAUCAAGCCCCACCACCAUAUCAAGCCCAACCACCACAUCAAGCCCCACGACAACAUCAAUCCCCAACACAACCUCAAGACACACCACCACGUUAGUUCACACCACCACGUCUGCUCACACCAACACGUCAAUUCCCACCACAACCUCAAGCCCCACCACAACCUCAAGCCCCACCACAACCUCAACUCCCACCACAACCUCAACUCCCACCACAACCUCAAGCCCCACCUCCACGUCAGGCACCACCACAACUUUAAGUCCUACCACAACGAUAAACCCCACAACCACCUCCAGCAACCAUCAAAAUGGUCCCGAUGAUGACACAGACAGUGGUCAAUCUAAUGAGGAUUCAUCUACAGAUGACAAAACAAGUGCUGAAGUUGACACUGAUAGUGGUCAAUCUAAUAAGGAUUCAUCCAAAGAAGACAAUACAAGUCCUGAGGAUAAUACCAACAGUGGUCAAUCAAAUCAGGAUUCAUCCUCAGAAGAAAAAACAAGUGCUAAUGACACAACUAAUUAUGGUCAAUCAAAUCAGGAUUCCUCCACAAAAGACAAAUCAAAGGCUAAUGACAAAUCUAAUAAUGGUCAAUCAAAUCAGGAUUCAUCCUCAGAAGAAAAAACAAGUGCUAAUGAUAAAACUAAUAAUGGUCAAUCAAAUGAGGAUUCAUCCACAAAAGACAAAUCAAAGGCUAAUGAUAACAGUAAUAAUGGUCAAUCAAAUCAGGAUUCAUCCUCAGAAGAAAAAACAAGUGCUAAUGAUAAAACUAAUAAUGGGCAAUCUAAGAAAAAUUCAUCCAAAGAUGACAAAUCAAAGGCUAAUGAUAACACAAAUAAUGGUCAAUCCAAGAAAAAUUCUUCCAAAGAUGACAAAAUAAGAGUCAAUGAUAACACUAAUAAUGGUCAAUCAAAUCAGGAUUCAUCCUCAGAAGAAAAAACAAGUGCUAAUGACAAAACUAAUAAUGGUCAAUCUAAGAAAAAUUCAUCCAAAGAUGACAAAAUAAGAGCUAAUGAUAACAGUAAUAAUGGUCAAUCAAAUCAGGAUUCAUCCACAAAAGACAAAUCAAAGGCUAAUGAUAACACAAAUAAUGGUCAAUCUAAGAAAAAUUCAUCCAAAGAUGACAAAACAAAGGCUUAUGAUAACACAAAUAAUGGUCAAUCCAAGAAAAAUUCUUCCAAAGAUGACAAAAUAAGAGUCAAUGAUAACACUAAUAAUGGUCAAUCAAAUCAGGAUUCAUCCUCAGAAGAAAAAACAAGUGCUAAUGACAAAACUAAUAAUGGUCAAUCUAAGAAAAAUUCAUCCAAAGAUGACAAAAUAAGAGCUAAUGAUAACAGUAAUAAUGGUCAAUCAAAUCAGGAUUCCUCCACAAAAGACAAAUCAAAGGCUAAUGACAAAACUAAUAAUGGUCAAUCAAAUCAGGAUUCAUCCACAAAAGACAAAUCAAAGGCUAAUGAUAACACAAAUAAUGGUCAAUCCAAGAAAAAUUCUUCCAAAGAUGACAAAAUAAGAGUCAAUGAUAACACUAAUAAUGGUCAAUCAAAUCAGGAUUCAUCCUCAGAAGAAAAAACAAGUGCUAAUGAUAAAACUAAUAAUGGGCAAUCUAAGAAAAAUUCAUCCAAAGAUGACAAAAUAAGAGUCAAUGAUAACACUAAUAAUGGUCAAUCAAAUCAGGAUUCAUCCUCAGAAGAAAAAACAAGUGCUAAUGAUAAAACUAAUAAUGGGCAAUCUAAGAAAAAUUCAUCCAAAGAUGACAAAAUAAGAGCUAAUGAUAAAACUAAUAAUGGUCAAUCAAAUCAGGAUUCAUCCACAAAAGACAAAUCAAAGGCUAAUGAUAACACAAAUAAUGGUCAAUCCAAGAAAAAUUCUUCCAAAGAUGACAAAAUAAGAGUCAAUGAUAACACUAAUAAUGGUCAAUCAAAUCAGGAUUCAUCCUCAGAAGAAAAAACAAGUGCUAAUGAUAAAACUAAUAAUGGGCAAUCUAAGAAAAAUUCAUCCAAAGAUGACAAAAUAAGUGUCACUGAUAACACCAAUAAUGCUCCAAGCCCUCGCUCCAGCUUAAGAACUACCUCAAGACCCUUAAGAGCCACUUCAAGACGCCGCAGUGCCACAACCCAAAAACCCACAACCAAAAAACCCACAGCUCGAAAACCAAAGGCACCUCCUACUCCUCAAGCAGUGGCUCCAAAGAAAAACAAAAAUGCUUAAAUAAUGUAUAAGUGUUUUUGUAUUUGAUGUCAAGCACAAUUUCUUAUAAUUUUUUUUCUUUCGUUGAAUAUUUAUUAAGAUUUUUAUGUUGUCAGUGAAUCGAGGUCAUAAACCAGAUUAAUUUACUGUUAGCUGUUUUAUCCUAAAUCAUUAUUAAAGUCAAAGAAUAUGUACUGUAUGAUUAUAAUUAUAAACAUAUUUCUGCAUUUCUAGCACAAAUUAUAUAUAUAUAUAUAUACUUUUUAAAAUGUUUAUUUAUUAAGAUGAUUGUUUGUUGUUUAAGUGAAAUAUGGUCCGGGACCAAAUUAUGUGGCCUUUGUUUGUAUUUUUAGUGAAUUAUGGUCAGGGACCAAAUUACUUUACCUUUGUCUUGAAAAUGUAAGUGAUGGAAAUUAGUUUUUAAGUAAACUUUGUGGAUGUUUAUGGAGACACUCCGAAGAUAAUUUUAACUGAGAAAAAUACUUUUUUCUGCAGGUUAAAUGUAAACUAAUGUAUUGAUUUAUUUCUUUUUAUUUAUUUAUAAAAAAUGUAAUAAGAUGGUAU